AACGCCACGGGGAGAGGGGACUUGGCGACUCGAGACGGGGACGCGCGUGCUGUGUGAGAGUGAACAGGAACAGUUUAUGGUUGACAUGAUUAGGACAAGAGUAUCCCGUAAAAUCGACAGACGUAACGCGCGGGCAAGGUGGACAUGGAUGUAGAAGGAGGGCAGAACGCGCACAGCAGAUGACGGGCCGACACACCCCAGCAAACCGAUUCGCCGCCACCACGCACCGUGCGCCAAGGGAAAUCGGGCGCGAGGAAGCGGAAGAGAAAUUGCAUGAGGCGGCGGAAGGAUGCGGCAAAGGGAGGCGAUCAUACAGCGACUGCGAUUGCGGGUCAACAUGACAAAGCCAACCAUGGGAUUUCAGAAUACAUGCGGGCAGCAGUGUGCUUCAGCCGGUGCGGGCUGUCAACUCUGAUGCCUGGGGAGGAAGAGGCGACGACAGCCGAUCUCUUUUACUACUUCACGGUGAACGUGCCCAAAGCGUGGAAGAGACUGAUGCGGGCAGCCACCGAAGCAGGUGGGGUCCACACCGUAACAUAACGGCGAGUACCAGUCCAUGAACUGGCAGCAAUGUGACAACCACCAAGCAUGCCUUCUUAGAAAGCUGCCCAAAAGUGCAAGCAUAGACACUUAGCCGGGCUGGCGACCAGGCAUGCUGGCCGGACACCUAAAGCCAACCCCCAAAGCUGGACACGUAGCCAAAAAGGCCUACCAGGCCAGGUGCUGGCUGGUAGACCAAAGCCAGUCCGACAAUCAGGCAUGCUGCUGGCUGGCAUGCUGCUAAUGAGAUGCCCAAAGGCUGGGCUGCCAGCCCCAAACAGAGAAAUAAUGCCCCCCCACCUACCAGGUGAUAAGGGGAGCGAGGUGAGGGAGAUUGUGGAGCAGCACCUGGAUGAAUAUGGGCAUGAAUUUGACGCACGGACAGAGGACGGCACGGUCGGCAGCUGGGCUUAUGGACAAGCCAAACCGCAAGCUCAAGGGGCUUGUUUACAACUUCCCCCAGUAUGCCGAGGCGGAGAAUGGCACGUUGCGCCCGCUGCGAGGGAAUGGUUGGGGUGGUGCACGAAGAGGCAAGGCCUUUGAGCGCGCACGUGAAAAUGGUUGUUGUGCCCAACUGCAGCUGCGGAGCUGAGGAUUGCACCUGUGGAAGGGACGGCCGGCGGUCCUGGCAACAACGUGAUAAACCCGGGGCCCGGGACAUGCACCACACCGUGCAUGGCGGCUGAUGCGCUACCGGAUGACAGCGUUGUGAUCGCGGGCGCAGACGAGGAUCCUGACGCCAUGGUGUCGACCCAGGGACAGACCAGGCGACGAGAUGUGCCGGUACCUCGAGGGUGGGAUGUUGCUCCAAAAGUUGAUGACGUGUCGGAGAACAAGGCCCUCUCAGAAGCUUGCUGAAUGUGCACUCGCUAAGCACUCAUCGGUUUAUGAGUAAGCAAAUCGAUGCAUACACUGGCUACAGUGGGUGGUGCUUUAUACCUGCCACAACCAAGCCGGCUGAAGGGACCUUUGGGGGUGCAGUGAGGGCUUGCAUCUUGAGCAGAGAUACAUAAGGUUGAGGUGCCACAAUCCCUGUAGUACUGGGUUUAGGGUUCCCUGGGGGCCUGUAGGUCCUCUGGUCAGGACUGAUGUUGUUUCCCAACAAAACACGUUCCUUUAUACUAAUGUGUUCUCUGCUUUUAAGCGUAUUUAUCCGCCCGCAGGUUCGGAUUGUCGCUGGUGGGCAGUGUCUUACCAUGUCUUCUGUUGGGCUGAGAAAAGCCCUUAGGAUCUUUUGCAGAGACUAAGUCCCAGCUUGUAGAGACUUGAGACUUGGAGUAGUGCAGCGGAAGUUGAGACGGUUG